AUGCCCAAGGUCAAGGAGACAAGGGUCGCCCUGACCGGUGACGCUGCUCUGAGUGCUCUGAGGGCCCCCAAGAUGUCCGAGACAUUGCGCAAGGCUCCUCCCCACUCAGAGGAAGUUCAAAACGUCAGCGACAGCGAUGGAUCCAACAGCGACAGCAGCAGUGGUCACAGCAGCGGAAGCGAAAGCGAUGCAGAGAAGCGCAAGAACACAAAGAAGCCCAAGCUAUCAAAGGUCAAAGAGACGGAACCCAACAGUCCUGCCGUCCCAAGCGACGACGACGAAUCAGACUCGGACGCCGAUCUCGAACGCGAAGUCGCAAAGCAAAAGGCACAGAAGAAUGCUGCAAAGAAGGCUCCUGCUACCGUGACGGCCAAUGGUACAGCACUGAAGACGUCCAAGGCGACCAAGUCAUCCAAGAGCUCGGAGAAGGUGUCAGAAUCAGACGACAGCAGUGAUGAGGAAGAAAGCGACAGCGAUGUUGAGAUGGCCGAUGCUGAGAAGCCUGCUGCACCUGCCAGAGUCGCUGGUCAGGCCGCUGCUCCCGAAACGACUGUCAUCGUCCCUCCCCAGCCUUUUGUUCCUCCGCCAGGAUACAAGGCACUCAACACAAAAUCCGCCUCCGCAAAGACAGCAACCUCGCUCUUCGACCCUUCCACUAUUUCAUCCAAACAGAUCUGGCACAUCACCGCUCCUUCAUCCGUUCCGCUGUCUCAAAUCAAGUCUGUGUCACUCUCCGCCAUUCAAUCCCACCAAACAAUUCUUUCACACAACGGAACCGAUUACAACUUGGCCGAAGAGCCCACAAACAAUGCCCGCGUUUUGCUACCCUCAUCAAAGUCGGAUGCCUACAAUGCCGUCGAAGUCCCUGUCUCAAAGACCCUCCACCUGCAACAAACCAUCCGCCUGCCCAACCUCUCUGCCUACCAAACAGAUCCCAACACUGGCUCUAACGCUGCCGGAAGUAUCAGAACCCCUGCCAUCAGCAAUCCUCGUCCUCAACCCAAAGGUAUGAGAAUGCGAUACAAGCCUCCAGGUUUCGGAGACGAGGAUCCUGGUCUCAUUGGUUCCUCAGAGGACGAAAGCGAUGCCAACGCCAAGCAGGUUGAGAAAUCCGCAAAGGAGGCUCGUAGCAAGCGCAAGCGUGACGAGAAGGAGGCAACAGAAGAAACCGGCAAGGACAAGAAGCGAAGAAAAGCAGCAGAGGCAGCCGAAAAGUUGGCAGAGGGCACCAGAGCUGAGGUACCCGAGACAACUGAGGAAAAAGCCAGAAAGAAGGCCGAAAAGAAGGACAAGAAGAAGAAGGAUAAGAAAUAG